AUUGAUCACAACUUUUAUUUUCACAUGUUAUUGUUUUUCUCAGAUAUCACGUUUCCACUUCCACACGUUUCAUAUUCGGAGAAAUUAAUUAUAAAUUUUUAAUUUUAGAUAUUGUGUGAUAAAAUAAUACGAUUGGAUCUUUCUUAUAGCUACUUUAAUUCUACUAUAGAUAUUAGAGCUCUUUCGAUUUUACAGAUGGAGGAACUGUCUCAAGAAGAUGUAAAUGAAACUUUGAAACUUCUAAAAGACAUUCCUGCAUUGGCUGCUUCUGUAACAGAUACUACACAAAAUCUUUUGAAGCGACUGAAAGGCAAUGAGCUUCAGACAAAAAAUGGAUUGAGCUUUUAUGAUUUAAAGAAUCACACUCUUUUAAAUUAUAUAACUGAUCUUACUUAUGUCAUUUUACAAAAGACAUCUGGAAAAUCUAUUGAAAAUGAUCCUGCCGUAGCAAGGCUGUGUGAGUCCAGAAUUGUUUUAGAAAAAAUGAGACCUAUUGAAGAAAAAUUAAAGUACCAAGUUGACAAGUUACUUACAGUUGCUUCUACAGGACAUAUAAAUGCUAAGGAUCCUCUAAGAUUUAAAGCCAAUCCUGAAAGCCUAGAUGAUCAAGUUGAAAAUGAAGACUCAGAAGAAGAACAAAAAUUUUCAAAUGUUUAUGUUCCACCAAAAAUAUCUGCAGCAUAUUUCUCUGAAGAUAAUAAUGUGGAAGAAAGAAAAAAGAAAAUACUCGAAAAAUCACAAAAAAGAGCUUUAAGCAGUAGUGUUCUGUAUGAAUUGCGUAAAGAAUAUGACACUGGGCCUGAAGAAAUUAAGGAAACUGUUGAUCCUUACAGAAUUAAAUUGAAUGAAGAAAUGAAGGAACGUUCCAGAUAUGAAGAGGAAUACAUGUUGAGAUUGCCAAUGACUAAAAAACAACGACAUGAAGCCCGACAAAUGAUGACUGUUACAAAUUUCAAUCCUAAAUUUGAUGAUAUAUCAGCUUUAGAUAUGCAACCAGAGGAUAUUACAAUGAAACGAAAAUCACAAGGGAAGAAGGGUAAAGCUUCCAAAAACUCCAAAAAAUGGAAAGGAAAGAAGAGGAAACAUUAGUGGGAAAUUUAGUCAACUUUCAGUUAGAAAUUAAUAAAAAUCUUAUUAUUUCA